GUUCAGUACCAAGUUAAGGCAUUCGGAUCUUCCCACCUUUUUUCGCCUCUACCAUCUCCAAAUGCCGCUGUGAGGCUCCUGCGUGCCUCUGACCUGAAGAGGCCCUAACAAGAGUUUUUGAGGCGGAACGGCCCCCAUGGCGAACGACGUGGUGGAGGACGAGCUGGAGUUCUACUCGAAGGCAGAGAAGUACUGGAAGGACAUUCCUGCGACAGUGGACGGGAUGCUGGGGGGCUACGGGCAUAUCUCGAGCAUCGACAUCAACAGCUCCCGGAAGUUUCUUCUCCGAUUCCUGCGGGACGGGCCAAACAAGACAGGAACCUCCCGAGCCUUGGACUGUGGGGCCGGCAUCGGCCGAAUCACCAAGCGCCUCCUCUUGCCCCUUUUCAAAGCCGUCGACAUGGUGGACGUCACGCAGGACUUCUUGAACAAGGCCAGGAGCUACCUGGGCGAGGAGGGCCGACGGGUCAAGAACUAUUUCUGCUGUGGCUUGCAGGACUUCAGCCCCGAACCCAACGCUUACGACGUCAUCUGGAUCCAGUGGGUGAUCGGGCACCUGACGGACGACCACCUCUCCAGCUUCCUGAAGCGAUGCCGCCUCGGUCUCCAGCCGAACGGCAUCAUCGUGAUCAAGGACAAUAUGGCCCAGGAAGGGGUCAUCAUGGAUGACGUGGACAGCAGCGUCUGCCGGGACCUGGACGUCGUCUGCCGGAUUAUCCGCCAGGCGGGGCUCAGCCUCCUCGCUCAAGAGAAACAGGAAAAUUUCCCCGAAGAAAUCUAUCACGUUUACACAUUGGCCAUGAGAUGAUCCCGCCUUUAGGCCACCGAGACCGGCCUCUUGGAAGGGGGACCCCCUGAGCCAGGGACUCUGCCCGGAGCUGCCGGGGAAGCCCAUGCACCCACCCCCCCGGGGUCCACCACGCAGGGUCCAAGAGGAACAGCGGCUGGGGGACGGCCCCAGAAUCUGAGCGAGCCUCAUUCAACGGUUGUGGCAAAAGACUGGUUUUCAGGUGGGGAAAGUAAAAGCUAAACCUUUUCUGGUCUUCGAAGCUGCUGGCGUAUCUUUGUUUUAUUUUUCUUUAUCGGAAGGAAAGUUUGCCAAAUAUAUUUCUGUCGUUGCA